AAAAUUAAUGGAAGCCUCUCUGGAAGUUUCUGCUUCUGCCCAACGUACAUUCCAUGACAGGAGAUUUUCUUCUCUUCCUUGGAAACAAUUUUCUCUUUGCUUUUUAUCCCUUUGAUUUUGCUUUCAAAGUAGAGCGAAUCUAAAUCGAUCUUUAUCCUUUUCUUCGAAUUGUUGGAUGACUCAUUAAUCAGAUAAAUAUUCUGCCCCCUUUUUCAGGCUUCAUUGAUCCCUCGUUCUUCACCUGUUAUCUCCCCUGAGAAAAAUUCGGUGAUAGAAUUUUCAGGAAUUGAUAAAAGCGCUUCUUCUGGCGGUUAGAAAUGGCGGAGGAGAAUGAUUUUGAUGCAAAAGAUACGAUGGCGUCUGGAGAAGGCUGCUCCAAAAUGAUACGUCCUCGUCAAACGCCUGAGGGUCAAGGAGUUAUACCAGAAAUUCAUGAAUUGACUGAACUUGACCCUGUGAAUUUGAGGCGGCAUUCGACUGGGGUGAUAGGUACGACGAAACCAGGCAAAGCAAAGGUUCAGUCUAGGUAUCUUAGAGAUCAUGUCAGUUCAACUCAUGAUAUCUGUAAACAUGGAAAGAGACGUGAAGACGAAGAUGGAGAAGAAGUGGCGGUGAAGCCAUGGAAAUCGGCGAGGAGAAAGAGUGUUGGAGGCGAAGAUACGGGAAAGAUUGAUGCUUCCUGUGUGAGAAGGAAGUCGUUGGGCGGUGUUUGUCCACAGAACUCGGGUUUCAGACCCAAAAAUCCCGAGACCUGCUCGCCCGUGGUUGUGGGAAAAUCGUCCAUUUCUUCGAAAUCAGACGCGUCUACUGACGCUGUGAGAUCAUCGGGUGAUGGUCGGACAGGGAAGAACAAGGAAACUGAGAAUACUCCGGGUGAUUCGGCUGUUGUAAGAAAGGUCGCUGAGAAAAAAACAAAGAUUACUGCCGAGAAGGUUUCGAAAGACGACAAAGCGGUUUCUUCUUUGAAGAAGAAUGUGAAAAAGGGUCAUAAGGAAGACGUACCGGAGAAGACACUGUACGUUGUUGAAUCCAGUGUUGAGAAGAGAUGCGGCAUUGAAGGGGAUGAUCAGGGCAAGAUCCAUCAAGCCUCAGGAAAGAAAAUCUCAAGAGCCACCACCACAGAGAAGAACACUGGGAAAGUUCCUAAAGAAGUAUCACCUUCCUCGGGGGAAGACGAAGGUUCAAAAAAGCCUAGGAAAUCGAAAUACCGGGUAAGGAGAAUGGCUUCCAGGGCAAUGACCAGCUUGCAUAAGAGAAAAGGAAGCGUUCCGGCCGAUGAAAAACCCGAAAACAUGAAGGAUAAGGCUAAGAAGAUGGGGAUAAAGAGAGGGAAGGCUGUUCUCGAACCCAAACCCGACGAGGAUUCCAAACCGAGGAGGAGAAAGGGCCAGAGAGAGAGACAAGAGGGCAACCCUGCAGGAUCAGGCAAAGCUGAGAAGGUGGUUUUGAGGCACAGAAGUGUGGAGGGGAAGAAGAAACUGGAGACAUUGUUCAACAAUGUGAUAGAGGAGACAGCAAGUAAGCUGGUGGAGGUGAGGAAGAGCAAAGUCAAAGCCCUUGUCGGUGCUUUUGAGUCCGUCAUCUCUCUUCAGCACGACAACAGCAAGCCAUCUCACAAACUCCUGAAGAACAAGGCUUGAAAAGGGUUUAUUUCCCUCAACUUCUUCUGUGCAUUAUGAUGAUCCAUAACUUUUUUUUAGGUUUAAAAAAAAUAAAAAUAGAAAUCACCCUUAAUGAACAAAAGGGAUCUGAUUUGGAUUAUAGACCCUAAAAUAUUUUGAGUGGACGUGAGGACAUGGGUUUAU